UCCAACCCUAUCAGCCAUUUCGAUGGAUAUACUAAUCAAACGGAAACUAAGAAAAAGAUUAUUACAAAUGUCUUCAAAAAGGGCGACAAAGCCUUUCUAUCGGGAGAUCUCAUGCGAAUGGAUUCCAAUGGAUAUCUGGUGUUUGUCGACCGAACCGGUGAUACGUAUCGUUGGAAAGGCGAAAACGUGUCGACAGCCGAUGUCGAGGCAGUCAUCCAAAAAGUUACAAAACUGUCCGAUUGUAUAGUGUUUGGAGUGGAGGUCUAUGGAUGCGAAGGAAAGGCAGGUAUGGCUGUCAUCGCAUCGCAAGACUUUGAGAUAAAUCUCGUGCAAUUGGCCGACAACUUACGUAUACAACUGCCCGCUUAUGCAAUGCCGGUGUUUGUGAGGAUCACCGACAAUAUAGAGGCCACCGGUUCCUAUAAAUUGGUUAAAAGCUCAUUUAUCAAAACUGGUUACUGUCCCGACGCCACCACUGAUUGUAUUUAUUUUUACGACAACUUCUACACCAAGUCUUACAUCCCUCUGGAGUCUAAACUUUACGAAGACAUUAUAAAUGGAAAGAUCAGGAUUUGA